CAAAAUCUGAUUUUAUUUCAUGUUGACGUGCCAAAAAAAUCUUUAAACCCUCGAAAAGAUCAACGUGAGUAAACUGAAAUUGAAACGGAAUCAGCGGUUCACCCUUGAAGUUUCCGAGGGUAGCCUGAAGGCAUCGCGCUACGUCAUUUACGUUGGACGACGUCGGGCGAGCGGCGUCGACCCCUCCCACAACGUGCGGCGAGGAGGCUCUCCCCGAGCUCGGAGCUCUCAGUCCAACUGCCCGCCGCUUGCUGCUCGGUUCCCGAGGCCACUGCGGGAAGAUGUCGACGGAGAAAACCAAACACGAGGGCAGAGUCAAAAUCGGACACUACAUCCUCGGCGACACGCUCGGAGUGGGCACGUUCGGGAAGGUUAAAGUGGGCCAACACGAGCUGACCAAGCACCAAGUGGCCGUGAAAAUCCUGAAUCGGCAGAAGAUACGCAGUCUGGACGUGGUGGGCAAGAUCCGCCGGGAAAUCCAGAACCUCAAGCUUUUCAGACACCCUCACAUUAUCAAAUUGUACCAGGUUAUCAGCACCCCGACGGAUAUCUUCAUGGUGAUGGAGUACGUCUCGGGAGGGGAGCUCUUUGACUACAUUCUCAAGAAUGGAAAGUUGGACGAGAAAGAGAGCCGCCGACUGUUCCAGCAGAUCAUCUCGGCGGUGGAUUACUGCCACCGGCACAUGGUGGUGCACCGGGACCUCAAGCCGGAAAACGUCCUGCUCGACGCGCACAAGAAUGCCAAGAUAGCCGAUUUCGGUUUAUCAAACAUGAUGUCCGAUGGAGAAUUCCUGCGGACGAGCUGCGGUUCCCCCAACUACGCCGCCCCGGAAGUGAUCUCGGGAAGAUUAUACGCCGGUCCCGAGGUGGACAUCUGGAGCAGCGGGGUGAUCCUCUACGCCCUGCUGUGCGGCACCUUGCCGUUCGACGACGACCACGUGCCGACGCUCUUCAAGAAGAUCUGUGACGGCAUCUUCUUCACGCCGCCGUACCUCAACCCCGCCGUCACCAGCCUCCUCAAGCACAUGCUGCAGGUGGACCCCAUGAAGAGAGCCACCAUCAAAGAGAUCAGAGAGGACGACUGGUUCAAGCAGGACCUUCCCAAGUACUUGUUCCCCGAGGACCCGUCCUACAGCAACAACAUGAUCGACGACGAGGCCCUCAAGGAGGUGUGCGACAAGUUUGAGUGCACAGAGGAGGAGGUGCUGGCCUGCAUCUACAGCCGCAACCACCAGGACCCGCUGGCCGUGGCCUACCACCUGAUCAUCGACAACCGCCGCAUCAUGAACGAGGCCAAGGACUUCUACCUGGCCUCCAGCCCGCCCGACUCCUUCCUGGACGACCAGCAGCUGGCCUCGCCCGGCGCCUCGGCGGCGGCGGCGCUCAAGCCGCACCCGGAGCGCGUGCCCUUCCUGGUGGCGGAGACGCCGCCGCGGCCGCGCCACACCCUGGACGAGUUGAACCCGCAAAAGUCCAAGCACCAGGGCGUGCGGCGGGCCAAGUGGCACCUGGGCAUCCGCAGCCAGAGCAGACCCAACGACAUCAUGACCGAAGUGUGCCGCGCCAUGAAGCAGCUGGACUACGAGUGGAAGGUUGUGAACCCCUACUAUUUACGCGUAAAGAGGAAAAACCCGGUGACUGGCACGCAGACCAAGAUGAGCCUUCAACUUUACCAGGUGGACAGCCGAACCUACCUCCUCGACUUCCGAAGCAUAGACGACGAUAGCUUAGAAAACAAAUCUGGCACGGCGACACCUCUUCGCUCCGGAUCGGUCGGCAACUACCGCACCGCCAUCAAGAGCGAGGCGGACGCCGCCGACUCGGCCGCCCCACAACCCAAGACGGCCGCCGAAGGCUCGCUGGCGUCGUCGCUCGCCUCAUCCAUCGACUCGACGGGAGGCGCCGACGUGUCGUCGGCGCCUCGCCCCGGCAGUCAUACCAUCGAGUUUUUUGAGAUGUGCGCUAACCUCAUCAAACUGCUGGCGCGAUAGCCGGGCGCAGGCGCACACCCGCGCGUACGUGCGCGCUUCGAUCGCUAUAGCCUUGUUUGCUCUCCGACUGUGUUUUUAGCAAUAAGCGGGCAAUCCGUCGGCGCUUCGGCCCGGGAUGCCCGGCGACGCCCGGAUGAGCCGAGAGAGAGGGAAGAGCGUAUUUUGGAUCGCUAGGUCAACACCUUGUGAAGUGAUUACACUGAAUUCGCUGUCCUGUCGAGGUCAGCCAGCUUCCCGUGCAAACAAACAAAAAAUAUCAACUUUUUAUUUUGUUUGUUUGAGUUUUUUUUCCUGUGCGAGAGAUAGAUGAAGUAGCACUUUUGCACACCUUUCUUUUCAUUCCUGGGGGGUUGGUUUGGUUUUCCUCAAGUGGCGUUCAAGUCGUCAGGAAGUGCAGUGGCCCCCAACCCCUCCUUCUCGGUCUCACCAUUUUUUCUUCCAAUUCCGUCUUUGUUCUGACAAGUGUCACCUGGCCCCAUCUUUGCAACAGGUAGCCGAACAUCAAAAUUCACAAAGGGUGUUUGAUCCAGUCAAUUUUCAAAGACGCGCAUUUCUUAGUCCUUCUGUAGUUCCUCCAGUUGCUCUUUAAUCUGUGUUGUGUGAAUCCAUCCCAAGUGAAAAGUAACUUUGGUUCUCCAGAUGGAUUGCUGGAUUUUUGUUUUUUUUGUCCCCUCGUGUACUUUUUGUAAUCCGCAUCACUUGUCAAUCAGAAUCCAGCGUUGUUUCACAAUGUAUUCAAUUCCCAUUAACUCAUUCUAACAACACGGGGGCGGGGGGGUAUUCAUUGACAUCCCUUUUGCCAAGAAAUCUGGUUUCUUCUUGAUGAUCAAUUAAAAAAAAAAGACAAUCUUUAAAUCCGGAUCACCCCCUCAGUUUGGAAAUGCUGGAGCUACCGAACGCUGUUUGACAGUUCAAAAUUCUGACGGCGCCGCCCACCCGCCGCAACCCCCAAUUGUCAACCAUUAAAAUGGCAUUUGUUGAUGUUUGCUUGUUUUUAUUGUUGUGUAUAUCAUUUGAAAUUGUGUCGGUCAUGGUGGAGCGUUGCCUUUCUCUCUGUGCAGUUUGUUCAAAAUGCCGUAAGCAAGCAUUUCUCACCCCCAUGUAUGUACUUUUUCUCUAAUGACAAUUACUCGAACAGCAUCAGCUAUUUCGAGACCCGACGAUCUUAUGAAUGUGUCACCCGUUACGGAAAUCUUUCUAGUCUCUACUGUCGGGUUGCCUUAGUUGACGGGGGCAGGGAACCUUAAUAUGGCCCCAAAACGUGGUAUUCUUUUCAGAGGGCUGAAAAUCAGACAAAGGGUUCCCUGCUGCUGCCUAACAAUCAUAAUCAGUACUGUUGUUUUGAAUAAUUGGCUCCAUUUAACUGUCAGGGUGAAGUCCCACAUAAGGAAAAAAGAUCAAACUGUUGUUUUUUUUUGGGGGGGGGGUGAAUUGACACACUUGAAAUAAUUGUUGCCAAACUACUGCAGACCUCUGAUCCUUGAUGGCUGUUGGAGAUUUUUUUGUUUCGUUGUUUUGACACAAUCUUUGGUUUUGAUGAAGCAGUAUCAGUGGUUGCUGAUUUUGACAGCUUUAGAAAAGAUGUUGAUUGUUACAUUUCAUUCCGACUGAACACCUUAACAUUUUUGUUGAAAUAAGAGUUUAUGGAGUAUGGUAAGAACCAGGCAGUUUGGAGAAGGGUGUACAUUUUGAGUAAAAAAAAACUUUUGUGCGUGUAUGUGUGCGCGCGUGUCGAAAGACGAAUGGGGGGGGGGGGGGGGGGAUAUGUGACUGGGGUGAAAUUUGAACUGCUUUAUGUCAAGGGACCCAACUUUCCAAGAGUGAUCUGUGUGUGUGUACAUAUGAAUGGAUAGUGUCGGAAUCGUUUGUAUACACAACUGCCUAAAUAAAAUGCUAAAUUGCACACAAACCUUAAA